CUGUGGAAUUUCGCAUUCGUCGUGUCUCAAAAUGAAGGUGAUUCUCUUCAGUAGUGUUUUUGCUUUAAUUGCCCUGGAUUUAGUCCUGGCCAAUCCCUGUGCUAAACCUCCCCCAGCUGAUGUCAAGCAGUGUUGUGAAUUUCCAAUGCCUCUCGAAGGUGCUCUUGUUGAAUCCUGCAUAAAUCAAUACGGGGCCCAGUCGAUGAGAGUGAUCCAAUCAAUUUUGACUGGGGGACCUCCUCGUGGAGCGUGCGUCGCUGAAUGCCUGUCCAAUGCAACUGGAAUGGUCAAUGGUGUUGAUGUGAAUGUCGACUUGCUUGUGGCAGGAUUUAAAAUGGCAGCAGAUGGAAAACCAGAAUGGGUCCCCAUCAUUGAGUCUUCAAUACCAGAGUGUGCUGGAAUGGUUAAGGCUAUGGCUCCAGAGCUAGAGAAAGCAUCUAAACUUCCACCACUCGAUCCUGCUGAUCCCAUUUGCAGCGGUGGUCCCGGAUUUAUGCUCUUCUGCGCAGUAAAAACCCUCUUCCAGAGUUGUCCAGCAAAGUACUUCAAAUCAACUCCAGAAUGUAAUGAACUUAAGACGUAUGCUAACACCUGUCCUUUGGGAUUCUAAGAUCGUAAAUCCCCUCUUCAAGACAACAAACCUCAAAUUGGGAUACUUUGCAGCUUAAAGUAGUGUACAUUUAUGAGUAGUGUAAAUAAAAUGGUGAAUCUUAAA